GUGAACACCUGCGUGUGUGUCCUCAGGGCUACACCUGUUGUACGUCCGACAUGGAGGAGAAACUGGGGCAGCAGAGCAAGCUGGAGUUUGAGAACCUGGUGGAGGACACCAGUCAAACACUCAGGACAACCUUGGUGUCCAGACAUCAACAGUUUGACGAGUUCUUCCUGGAGCUCCUCGACAACAGUGAGAAGUCCCUGAAUAACAUGUUCACGCGGACCUACGGGAAGGUGUACGUGCAGAACGGUGAGCUGUUCCAGGACCUGUUCACGGAGCUGAAGCGCUACUACACCGGGGGGAACGUCAACCUGGAGGAGAUGCUGAAUGACUUCUGGUCCCGUCUGCUAGAGAGGAUGUUUCAGCUGCUGAACUCUCAGUACCACUUCACCGACGACUACUUGGAGUGCGUCAGUAAAUACACUGACCAGCUGAAGCCUUUCGGUGACGCGCCCCGGAAACUAAAGGCCCAGGUCACGAGGGCCUUCAUCGCUGCAAGGACCUUCGUCCAGGGCCUCAUGGUGGGCAGGGAGGUGGCUAACAGGGUGGCUAAGGUGAAUGUGGCCCCCGCCUGCAUCAGGGCCCUGACUAAGAUGCUGUACUGUCCGUACUGCAGGGGCCUGCCUGGGCUGAAGCCCUGUCAUAACUACUGCCAUAAUGUGAUGAGAGGCUGUCUGGCGAACCAGGCUGACCUAGAUCCUGAGUGGAACCUCUUCAUAGAUGCCAUGUUGCUGGUAGCCGACAGGCUGGAGGGGCCCUUCAACAUCGAAGCCAUCAUGGAACCCAUAGAUGUGAAGAUCUCUGAAGCCAUCAUGACCAUGCAAGACAACAGCAUGACAGUUUCAGCUAAGGUGUUCCAGGGGUGUGGUCAGCCCAAGCCGUCUGGGAAGGGCAGCAGCAGAUCAGCCAGGGGGAUCUCUGAUGUCUUCAACGCCCGAUUCAGACCCUACAGCCCAGAGGAGAGACCCACCACGGCCGCUGGCACCAGCCUGGACAGACUGAGGACAGUGUGGAGGACAAUGCAACACAGCGUGCUAGACAUUAAGAAGAAGCUGAAGCAGUCCAAAAGGUUCUGGUCCAACCUGCCAGAUGAGAUCUGUAUUAAAGACAAGUUGACCGAGUCAGAUGAAGAGCAGUGUUGGAACAGUCACGCCAAGGCCAGGUAUUUUCCUGACGUGGUAAAGGACGGCCUCGCCAACCAGCUGAACAACCCAGAGGUGGCGGUGGACAUCACGAGACCGGACACUCUGAUUCGCCAACAGAUCAUGACACUCAGAGUGAUGACCAACAAGCUGAGAAACGCCUACAACGGCAAUGACAUCUUCUUUCAGGACUCCAUGCACUACCUUGACCACGACCCAUAG